AUGUCUUCGGUGGCAACUAACAAUACCCCAGUUCAAAUUCAUAACAUCGAGUUUUCCUACGCAGACGCCUUCAAGUACUGGUGGAACUCAUCCUUUAGAACUCUAAGAAAAUACGAAAAAGAUUUAUUAGAGAGCAAUCUCUCGUUUUACCCCAUCUCGGAUGAUAAGAAAAUAACCGGAAAAUUAAUUGACACCAAAAUCGAUGAUCAUGAUAAUUAUAUUCACGAAUUCUAUAUUGAAAAUAAUGAAAAAGAUUUAAAAAAUCUCAAAAAUGAAGAUAAACAUGUAAUCUUCAUUCAUGGUUAUGGCGCUUCGUUGGGAUUUUAUUUUAAAAACUUUCAAGAUUUUUCAAAGAUUCCCGGUAUUAAAUUACACGCAAUUGAUUUGCUUGGUUUUGGUUUGUCAUCUAGACCAAGGUUUCCCAGAAAACAGAAGGAGAAAAUCGAUGAUAUUGACAGAUCUCAAGAUUAUUUUUUAAGUUCUUUUGAGAGCUGGAGAAAGGCUAAAAAAAUCGAUAAUUUUGUGUUGGUUGCUCACUCAUUAGGUGGAUACUUGGGUUUUUUGUAUUCUUUAAAAUACCCUGAACAUAUUGACAAGUUGGUACUAAUUUCGCCUGUUGGUGUUGAAAGAAACUACUAUUCGAUCAGAGAAAAUUUGGCCAAUAAUGAAAUUAAUAAUCAUUUGAAGAACACAAUUUUGGAUAAAUUGGCUCCAAGAAAAGUCAAAAUGGAAGACGUUGUUCCCAAUGACAACCAGGUUGAGUUUGACCAUGAACUACAGACAAAUAGAUUAUUGAGUAUUCCAACAUGGCUAAGAAUAUCUUGGGAAAGAUCACUAGUGUCUCCCUUUGAUAUACUACGAGCAAUGGGUCCUUUGAGUCCACAUUUCGCACUAAAAUGGUCGAGAAGAAGAUUCAGCCAAACAUUUAACAACACGAAGGAUUUCAUUACAAUGCACAACUACGUUUACUACUCGCUACUAGUUGGGAAACCCUCUGGGGAAUACUCAGUGGCAAGAUUGUUGGCACCAGUAGCUGUGGCAUACUACCCACUAUUGGACAGAAUACCCAAGGCCAGCAAAAUCGAUAAAAACAAGAAAUCGCUUUUCACCAACAUCCCCUCGCUCUGGCUCUAUGGAGACGAAGACUGGAUGAACAAGGAUGCAGGCAACUUGAUAGUGAACGAGAUCAACAAGGUGCACAGCCAGUUGGACCUCGAGGGCAAGAGCAGCAGUGAUCACCUCUCGCAGUUCAAGAUCAUCUCCAAAGCUGGCCAUCAUGUCUACUUUGACAAUCCUGCAGACUUCAAAGACGCCUUUUUGGAGUUCUCAGGCUGGUGA